AGGCAAAAAAAAAAAAAAAAAAAAAAGGGAAAAUCUAUAAAAUAUAAAGCAGACGAGAGAAAAAAUUACUAGAGAGGCGGAGAGGGAAUAAUAUAUAUAUAUAUAUAUCCGUUCAUCUGGUUCUUCAGUCUCUCGAUUUCCCAUAAGCCAAGGCGCGACAGCUUCACGAGUACACCUGCACACGCACACGCAUACGCACACACAAAAACACAUACUCGCACAUCAUGCCUGUCUCCAAGCGGGCGCGGUUGGUCCAUGAGUCCAAAGUCGCCAAAAAGUCUCACAAGGAGCAGACUAGACGGUUGUUCGCUAAUAUUCAAACGGCCGUCACUCAAUACGAUCAUAUCUUCUUAUUCUCGGUGGAUAACAUGCGGAAUACAUAUUUAAAAGACGUGAGGACUGAGUUUUCUGAUUCCCGCCUCUUCUUCGGAAAAACAAAAGUAAUGGCCGUCGCCCUCGGCAACACCCCCGAGACCGCCUGUGCCCCCAAUCUCGAAAAACUAUCCCCCUACCUAACCGGCGCCGUCGGCCUCCUCUUCACCUCCCGCUCUCCCCAAUCAGUCCUCGAUUUCUUCGACUCAUUCCACCCCACCGACUUCGCGCGCGCCGGCACCGUCACGCCCCGCUCCUUCACAAUCCCCAGCGGCAUCGUAUAUUCACAUGCGGGCGAGGUGCCCAGCAACCUGGACGAGCCGCUCAGCCACACGAUUGAGCCGACGCUACGCAAGCUAGGUGUGCCGACGAGGUUGAUUGCGGGUAAGGUUGUGUUGGAGAUGGAUGGGGAUGGGUAUCAGGUGUGUAAGGCUGGGGAUACGUUGGAUUCGAGACAGACGACGUUGUUGAAGAUCUUUGGAGUGGCGGUUGCGGAGUUUAGGGUCGAGAUGAAGGCACAGUGGAAUCGGCAGGAUGGGUCUGUUGUUAUUUUGGAGAAGGAUCAGGAUAUGGCGGAUUGAGCUUGACGGUUAACGGUUAACGGUUGACGGGUUGAAUUUUAUUUUUUUUUCCUGGCUGGGGGUCGAGGGGUUGUUAAUAUUGUGGAGGAUAGAAAUGGGAAUCUGAAGUGGCAUGAUCAUGGAGUUUGAGUAAAGGCGUUUGUGAUUUUCGUUUUUGUUCUUUCUUAAUCUUACUUUUACUUCUUUGCAUUUCCUCUCGCCUGCUUUCUAUGGGAUUACUGACUUUGGGGAUGCCAUUCUUGGGAAGUGCGAAGAAUUCAAGAUGCGAAAAAGAAUUUCCCUAUAUAAAAAUAAACCAUGAUGACAGCCUUCUUGCUCUACUAUGAGUCCCAAAUUACCUAUCAUGAGAAAUGUUCAAUGUGAGUACCAGUCAACGCAAAAUAAAAACCGUAGAUAUCAAGACAGACAAAAGAAUAUAAGCACAACCAUGAGCAAACAGAGCUAUUCGCACAACUUGUGAAAGAUCAAUGCGAAGAAUAUUUGGACUAGCCAAAUAGCCUUACCCGAUCUUACCUCGAACUUCCUUUAGUAGCACCAUUUCUUUCUCUUUCACCCUCAUUCAUUCCUUGUUUCUUUCUUUCUUCUGUAUUCAUUCCCAAACAGCUCUCCUAAAAUACAUACUUACCCACCAAUAAAUACAACAAGGAGCGAAA